AUGAUGGAAGAAGAUGGUGAAGAAACACCAAGAACUCCGUUUUGGAUACAAAGCACCACCAAUCUCCGCCGUGGUGAACUCUACCGCCGCCGUGCAUCGUCUCUCUUCUUCAACUCCGGCGUCCUCAUCAUCCUCCUACUUUUAUUUGCAAUUAUAUCAAUGGUGUAUAUAAUCCCAUCACUUAUUUCGUUCUCAUCUCAAAUUUUUAGACCAAAUUUAGUGAAAAAGAGUUGGGAUUCAAUCAAUUUGGUGUUGGUUUUAUUUGCUUUAGCAUUUGGGUUUCUUGGUAGAAACAUUAAUAAUGAUCAGAAAUCGAGAUUUGAUAAUGGAUUUGAUCGGAGUUCAUCGGAUUUUUCAACCGCACCUACGGUUUCAACUCCGCCGCCGAUAAUCCAACAUCAAUGGUAUGAUUUCCCUGAACAACCCAUUGGUGGGUUAAGAAGGCAUAGGAGUACUAGUUCUUACCCUGAUCUCCGGGAGCUAUCGCCGCCGUGGAACCACCAAGGUGCAGGUUCAUGGCGGUUUUCCGAUGAUACCCAUUUGAAUAGUCACCGGAGUUUGGACUCCGAUCGGUAUUAUUUCCGGCGAGAACAAGAUCCUGAUACUAAGGAUGUUAUUCAUGUUGAUUCGGUUGUGGAUCUUCCUAAAGAAGAUUCAUAUGCUCCACCACCACCACCGUCGCCGCCGCCGCCAGCUUCUAAAGAUGAAUCGUAUUCUCCACCCCAACAACUGCCAUCUCCGCCGUCUCUGCCGCCGCAGCCGCAGCCACCGGCAAUGGGAAGAAAGAAUUUAAGCAGAACAUAUCACAAUGCUGCUGAAUACGCCGGAGAAAAAAGUAGGAGUUCGGAGUUCAGUGAAGUUUUCUCGCCGGAAACAGCUCCUCCGCCGCCCCCGGUGACUGUUCGGUCUCUACCGCCGUUUCAAGAUUCCGACCGAAAGGGAGAAACUAAUAUCAGAAAAAGAGGUAAAGGAGAAAGGAGAAGGGCAAGAAGCUCAGAACCAAGGAAAAUGGUGACGCCGGAGCCAUCUUCUCCGCCGCCGAUCUUGCCGAUAAUUCAAGAUUCCGAUCAAAAAACCGGCGGAGUUGAACGAAAAAGGACUGGUGCUAAUGCAACUAAAGAAUUUUUUACAUCUUUUUACCAAAAGAAGAAGAAAAAGAGACAAAGGCAAAGAAGUGUUGACAAUUUGGAUACUUUUCUUCAUCAUCCUCAACCGCCGGUGAAAUUUCAGCUCCCACCGCCAUCGCCGCCCCCACCACCACCACCGCCUCCGCCUCCUCCACCUUCAGUCCUCAACAAUCUGUUUACAUCUAAAAAAGAAAGACGAAAGAAACCCUCCUCAACAACCCUCCCUCCGCCUCCACCUCCACCACCACCACCGCCAGCGGCGCGUGCUCCAAAACCUACAAUAACCAGAGUACCGCCAUUCGUAACGGAAAAACCUCGAGUUCCAUUAAAUAUGAGCUUCAUUAACACCAUUGAUGAUAGCUCAAGCGGCGGCGAGUCGCCAAUGGGUAGAAUUCCUCCGCCACCGCCGAUGCCGCCGUUUAAGAUGCCGGAUUGGAAGUUUGCGGUGGAAGGGAACUAUGUUAGAGUUCAGAGCACCCUGAGCUCCGGCAGUGUGUCUCCUGACGGCGAUGAAGCUCAGUCGCCGUUGUCCGCCGUAGCGUCGCCGCUGUUCUGCCCUAGCCCAGAUGUGGAUACGAAAGCGGAUAGUUUCAUUGCAAGGUUUCGGGCCGGGUUAAAACUUGAGAAGAUUAAUUCUUUCAACCAAAAUCAAGGGCUCAGAAUGUCCAAUCUUGGGCCAGGCCCAGGCCCAAGUGAUCAUCGUGGGCUUUAA